AUGGAUUCGAAUGAAUCAAAUAAACGUGGUUUCAGUUUAUUUGGAAAUUAUAACAUGAGUGAUUCAGUGGAAGAUAUACCUGUUCAUACUACACGCGGCAGUAGUGCAUUAUCACCUUAUUUGAACUUCGAUCCGAAAUUCUUGAAUACGAGUGGCUCACAAUUUAUUGUACCAGAAGGACAAAAAGAAAAGCGUGGUCGACUUGAAUUGAUGUUUUUUACUAUCGGUGGAUCUGUUAUUGCUGGUAGCAUAGUUGGUAGUCUAUCGGGAUUGUAUCGCGGCGUACGUGAAACACGAGAUUUAACCGGAUCUGUACGAACCUCAACAAUUAUUAAUUACGUUGCUCGUCAAGGUGCUACAACAGCUUCUGCCAUGGGUUCAAUAGCAUUGAUCUAUAGUUUAACUGGUACUGGUAUCAGUCUGAUACGUGGUAUUGAUGAUGAAGUGAAUACAGUUGCAAGUGGAGGUAUAACUGGUUUAUUAUAUCGAUCUACAGCAGGCUUGAAAGGUGCUUUACGAGGUAGUUUAUACGGCGUUGGAAUCACCUCAUUAUAUGUUCUACUCAGUUCAAAAGAACGUCUUCAAACUUACAUGUAA